UAGAUGAAGCUACAGAUCCAAAUCCUUUCAUAAAGAUCUUGUUUCAUUUACAUAAAAAUAAACCUACACAUUAACGAUGUCACCUUCAAUGUUUUUUUCACCGAAAAUCAUUGUCGUGAUGUUUGUUUUGGCCAUGAUAACAUGUGUCCCUGCCAAAGCCAGCACCAUAGAACAUUGUUUAAGGUUGAAACUGAAUCCACCUCCACCAGCACCGCGUGCGGCACUUGGACAUGGAACGAAAUUUGAUUUGAAUCGCGUUGUUUGUAAGGACGCUUUUCGUGCCGUGGGACAUUCUGUGAGGGUAACAGGGAAAUUGCCAUGGAGUUACUUAGGUGCCCUUUGUAACGUCUUUGGUGAUAAUGAUCAAAAGAUUGAGCAUUACAUUAAAGGUGCCUUCAGAGUUAACGAUUUUAUUAAACUAAUUGAUGGUAGAUCUUGUGCUAUUGUUAGAAAGAAGUUGCACCCUAAAUCACCUUCAUCUUUGCCUAGGCCUUAGAUUGUUAUAGAUUGAUUCACAUAUAUGGUUAAUGAUUCAAACUGGGUUUCAUGAAUAAAUAGAUCUAUGUUGUUGGUCAUUGUUAAUUUUA